UAACGGGGACUGUGGUCGCGGGCAGCCCCAGCCACUCACCAUGCCCUACCUGCUCAUCAGCACUCAGAUCCGUAUGGAAGUGGGUCCCACCAUGGUGGGUGAUGAGCACUCGGAUCCAGAGCUGAUGCAGCAGUUGGGGGCCUCCAAGAGACGAGUCCUGGGAAACAACUUUUAUGAAUACUACGUCAAUGACCCUCCUCGAAUAGUCCUGGACAAGCUGGAAUGCAGGGGCUUCCGAGUGUUAAGCAUGACAGGGGUGGGCCAGACGCUGGUGUGGUGUCUGCACAAGGAAUGACCUGCUUGAGCUGACUUGUGCGUAGGGUAUAUAUUCUUUGGAGGGAUCGCCAUGUGCCCUGUCCAUAAUCUUGCAUCACUGUCUCCCCUGUCGCUCUCUUUCCAAAUUGUCAACUUCCUUGCCCAACACUGAUGGGCUGUGAACAGCCUCAGGAACCUUGCUGCGGUUGGUUGGGUACAGCAGGCCCUGCCCCGGCUCCUUCAGCUUCCCCCAGCUGGACCUGGCCCUGCCUCUUGCUGUAGGCCAUGUGCAGAAGGCAAGCUACCCUGAGGAUGGUCCCUGGAUCCUACACAGCUAAUCCAAGCCAAUAAAGGGCUCUCACAAGUGUUGUUCCUC